CCGGCGGAGGGAAAGAAGGAAGCGGGAGGACAGGAAGGGAGGGGAACCAGGAGCACCGGCGGCGGCAGCAGCAGCAGCAGCGGCCGCCGGGGCAGGGAAUUAAAAUGGCCACCAGCCGCUGGAACCGGAGGAGGAGAAGCAGCAGCAGCAGCCGCGGGAACAGCGCCGCCUUCCUCCUCACUUUCCGGGCUUCUCCGCUCGACCGAGCCGGGCCUUGAUUGAUGAGACGGGGAGCUGCCAGCCGAGGGGAGCCGACGGCGGGGGGCGCUGCCUCCGUCUCCUCCUCCUCCGCCUGAAAUCGCCCCCUUCGCCGGGGGCUGCAGCCGAGCCGUAAGAGAGGCGGAUGGUCGCCUUUCCCACCCCUCUCUUGCGCCUUCUUGCCUCCAGGUCCACCCCGACCCCGGAUACCGUCCUGAAGACCCCCCACCUACCCACCCCUGAAGACCCCUCCGGCCAGGGCAGCAGGGCAGCAGAGCAUCCGGGCCGGCUCUCCCCUCAGCUACCCGCAGCCGGAGCAGCAAAGACCACCGUGGGUCCGCCCCACACGCCUCGGGAUCAAAGGGAUCUUUCAGAAAGAAGCAAAGAUGAAUAUGGUAAAAAGAAUAAUGGGUCGACCUCGGCAAGAGGAAUGCAGCCCUCAAGAUAACGCUCUAGGAUUAAUGCAUCUACGCAGGCUGUUUACAGAAUUGUGUCACCCCCCUCGGCAUAUGACUCAAAAGGAACAGGAAGAGAAGCUUUACAUGAUGCUACCAGUUUUUAACAGGGUAUUUGGAAAUGCUCCUCCAAGUACAAUGAUAGAAAAGUUUUCAGAUCUUCUUCAGUUCACAACACAAGUUUCACGAUUAAUGGUAACUGAAAUUCGUCGGAGAGCUUCUAAUAAGUCCACAGAAGCUGCGAGUCGUGCCAUAGUCCAGUUUCUAGAAAUCAAUCAGAGCGAAGAAGCCAGUAGAGGUUGGAUGUUGCUUACUACAAUUAACCUGUUAGCUUCAUCUGGACAGAAAACCGUGGACUGCAUGACAACUAUGUCAGUGCCUUCCACACUUGUGAAAUGUCUCUAUCUGUUUUUUGACCUUCCACAUGUGCCUGAGGUGGCCGGAGGAGCCCAGAAUGAAUUGCCUCUAGCAGAGCGGAGGGCGCUGUUGCAGAAAGUAUUUGUGCAGAUCUUAGUGAAGCUGUGCAGUUUUGUGUCCCCAGCAGAAGAGCUGGCCCAAAAGGAUGACCUCCAGCUUCUUUUCAGUGCAAUAACCUCGUGGUGCCCUCCCUACAACCUGCCUUGGAGGAAGAGUGCAGGGGAAGUCCUGAUGACUAUAUCACGUCACGGCCUUAGCGUCAACGUAGUGAAGUACAUUCACGAAAAGGAAUGCCUCUCAACGUGUGUUCAGAACAUGCAGCAAUCCGAUGAUCUUUCUCCCUUAGAAAUAGUGGAAAUGUUUGCUGGGCUAUCCUGUUUCCUCAAAGACUCCAGUGAUGUGUCUCAAACGCUGCUAGAUGAUUUUAGGAUAUGGCAAGGAUAUAAUUUUCUUUUUGAUCUUUUACUCAGGUUAGAACAAGCAAAAGAGGCAGAAUCCAAGGAUGCUUUGAAGGAUUUAGUUAACCUGAUAACCUCAUUAACAACAUAUGGUGUGAAUGAAUUAAAACCAGCUGGCGUUACUACGGGGGCACCUUUCUUACUGCCUGGAUUUGCAGUUCCACAACCUGCAGGCAAAGGUCACAACGUGAGGAAUAUCCAGGCCUUCUCAGUCCUACAGAAUGCCUUUCUUAAAGCAAAAACCAGCUACCUUGCACAAAUUAUCCUUGAUGCCAUUUUGAAUAUAUACAUUGCAGAUAACGCCAACUAUUUCAUCCUGGAAUCCCAACAUACUUUGUCUCAGUUUGCGGAGAAAAUUUCAAAGCUUCCGGAAGUACAGACAAAAUACUUUGAGAUGCUUGAAUUUGUCAUCUUCAGCUUGAAUUACAUACCAUGCAAAGAACUGAUCAGCGUCAGCAUCCUCUUAAAAUCCAGCACCUCCUAUUCCUGUAGCAUUAUUGCCACAAGGACUCUGCUUAAGUUCACGCGGCAUGACUACAUUUUUAAGGACGUUUUCAGGGAGGUGGGACUUCUGGAAGUGAUGGUGAAUCUCUUGCACAAGUAUGCUGCUCUUUUGAAAGAUCCUACACAGGCCCUGAAUGAUCAAGGUGACUCAAAAAAUAACAGUUCAAUUGAAGACCAAAAACAACUUGCUUUGCUGGUUAUGGAGACCUUGACAGUAUUACUCCAAGGAUCAAACACAAAUGCAGGCAUCUUCAGGGAGUUUGGUGGAGCAAGGUGUGUACAUAACAUCGUAAAAUAUCCACAGUGUAGGCAGCAAGCACUGAUGAUAAUCCAGCAGCUGGUGUUGUCACCAAGUGGUGAUGAUGACAUGGGGACUCUCUUAGGUUUGAUGCACUCCGCUCCCCCCACAGAAUUGCAGCUGAAGACUGAUAUAUUAAGAGCCUUGCUUUCGGUAUUAAAGGAGAGCCAUCGGACGAGAACAGUUUUCCGGAAAGUUGGUGGAUUUGUAUAUAUUACCUCGUUGUUGGUUGCCAUGGAGCGGUCCUUAUGCUCUUCCCCCAAAAACGGCUGGGAGAAAGUGAACCAGAAUCAAGUCUUCGAACUUCUCCACACGGUGCUGUGUACCUUGACGGCGGCCAUGCGUUAUGAGCCAGCCAACUCGCACUUCUUCAGAACGGAGAUCCAGUAUGAAAAGCUGGCGGAUGCAGUAAGGUUGCUUGGCUGCUUCUCAGACUCCAGAAAACUAAGUCCCGUGAAUGUCUUCCCUUCCAAUACCCAGCCAUUUCAAAAACUAUUGGAAGAUGACCUGCUCUCCAUGGAUACCGUCUCGCCCACUCUAAAGCACUGCAGCAAGCUCUUUAUUUACCUCUACAAAGUCACCACAGAUUCUUUCGACAGUCGUGCUGAGCAGAUUCCUCCUUGCCUGACCAAUGAGUCUUCUCUCCCCUCUCCUUGGGGCACACCAGCUUUGACCAGGAAAAGACAUGCGUAUCAUUCAGUGUCAGCAGCAUCUUCAGUGUUUCCUUCCAAAAAUGCCACUGAUGCGAAGUUACACAAAGGAACUAUACUACUGCAAAAUCUGGAUGCCGUUAUUAUCCAUCCUGGAGCUAUGCUGGCUAUGCUGGAUCUUGUGGUCUCUGUUGGAUCAACUAUACAGCCAGAACAUGCACUGGAUCUCCAGCUUGCAGUGGCCAACAUCUUGCAAUCUCUUGUACAUACUGAAAGGAAUCAACAAGUUAUGUGUGAAGCCGGGCUUCAUGCUCGGCUUCUGCAGAAAUGCAGUGCUGCUCUUACGGAUGAGGACCAUUCUUUGCAUCCACCUCUCCAAAGGAUGUUUGAAAGGUUGGCUUCUCAAGCGUUAGAACCGAUGGUGCUGCGGGAAUUUUUACGUUUGGGAAAUCCUCUGAAUUGUGGAGCCUGGGAUAAAAAACUAUUGAAACGGUAUCAUGUACAUAAACCGAGCUCACUCAGUUAUGAACCAGAGAUGAGAAAUAGUAUGGUUACAUCAAUGGAAGGGCUUGGUACCGACUGUGUGUUCAGCUUACAUGAAGACAGCCACUACAGGAUUAGCAAGAGCCUUUUGAAGCCAGCCGAAGGAAGCACCGUGCCUCUGACAAGAGUAAAGUGUUUGGUUUCUAUGACAACCCCACAUGAUAUUAGACUUCAUGGAUCAUCCGUUACGCCUGCCUUUAUUGAAUUUGACACUUCUCUUGAAGGGUUCGGUUGCCUGUUCUUACCUAGUUUGGCACCUCACAAUGCACCAACCAAUAAUGUUGUUACUACAGGACUAAUAGAUGGCACUGUAGUCAGUGGAAUUGGAACUGGAGAGCGUCUUUUCCCACCUCCAUCUGGAUUAAGCUUUUCAAGUUGGUUUUGUGUGGAACAUUUUAGCACAGCCCCAAAUUAUCAUCCCAUUAGGUUACUUACAAUUGUAAGGCGGGCAAACAGCUCUGAACAGCACUAUAUAUGUCUUGCUAUCGUCCUUUCAGUAAAAGACCGAACCCUUAUUGUUUCAACUAAAGAAGAAUUGCUUCAGAAUUACGCUGAUGACUUCAAUGAGGAGUCAUCCUGCUAUGAGAUUCUGCCCUGUUGUGCUCGUUUUCGUUGUGGUGACCACAUAGUGGAAGGCCAGUGGCAUCACAUGGUUCUGGUAAUGAGCAAAGGCAUGCUGAAAAAUAGUACUGCUGCACUUUACAUUGAUGGACAGCUGAUUAAUACAGUAAAGUUUCACUAUAUUCACAGUAGUCCUGGCGGUUCAAGUUGUGCCAAUCCACCAAUAGUUAGUACAGUUUAUGCCUAUAUAGGCACACCGCCUGCCCAGCGACAGCUCUCGUCACUCGUUUGGCGGUUGGGACCAACCCAUUUCCUAGAAGAAGUCUUACCUCCAUCAAGCAUUAGCACAAUUUAUGAACUUGGCCCAAACUAUGUUGGAAGUUUCCAAGCUGUAUAUAUGCCUUGCAAAGAUUCCAAAGCAGAAGGAAUCAGUCCGUCUCCAGUCUCAUUGGUCCCAGAGGAGAAAGUAUCUUUUGGCCUUUAUGCGCUCUCUGUUUCUUCACUCACAGUAGCAAGGAUUAGAAAAGUUUAUAACAAAUUGGACAGUAAGGCCAUAGCCAAGCAGCUAGCUAUUUCAUCCCACGAAAAUGCCACUCCAGUAAAACUGCUCCACAAUUCAGGAGGACAUUUAAAUGGACCUGCGCGUACCAUUGGCGCAGCUUUGAUAGGAUAUUUGGGGGUAAGAACAUUUGUCCCUAAACCUGUGGCGACUACCCUGCAAUACAUUGGUGGAGCUGCUGCUAUUUUGGGCCUAGUAGCCAUGGCGUCAGACGUAGAAGGACUUUACGCUGCCGUGAAGGCCCUUGUUUGUGUGGUCAAGAGCAACCCUCUCGCUAGCAAAGAAAUGGAAAGAAUCAAAGGUUACCAGUUGUUGGCCAUGCUGUUAAAGAAGAAGCGUUGUCUUUUGAACAGCCACAUUCUACAUCUGACCUUUUCUUUAGUGGGGACAGUGGAUAGCGGACACGAAACAUCCAUCAUUCCAAAUUCAACUGCUUUUCAGGAUCUGCUUUGCGAUUUUGAGGUUUGGCUUCACGCCCCCUACGAACUUCACCUUUCAUUAUUUGAACAUUUCAUCGAACUUCUUACUGAGUCCAGUGAAGCGUCAAAAAAUGCAAAACUGAUGAGGGAAUUCCAGCUAAUCCCAAAACUCUUGCUUACUCUCCGAGAUAUGUCUUUAUCACAGCCAACCAUUGCCGCUAUCAGCAAUGUUCUGAGCUAUUUGCUUCAGGGGUUUCCUAGUAGCAAUGACCUACUCAGGUUUGGACAGUUCAUCGCUUCUACUUUGCCUACAUUUGCAGUCUGUGAGAAAUUUGUAGUCAUGGAGAUGAACAAUGAAGAGAAGCUUGACACUGGAACUGAGGAAGAUUUUGGUGGUCUUGUUUCUGCAAAUCUUAUUCUUCUGAGAAACAGAUUGCUGGAUAUCCUUCUGAAACUUAUGUACACAUCUAAAGAAAAAACAAGUGUCAAUUUACAGGCUUGCGAAGAGCUAGUCCGAACCCUGGGCUUUGAUUGGAUUGUGCUGUUUAUGGAAGACCAUCUGCAUCCAGCUACAGUGACUGCAGCCAUGAGGAUUCUGGUAGUUUUGCUGAGCAACCCAACUAUCCUCCUCAAAUUCAAAGAAGGUCUCAGUGGGGGAGGCUGGCUGGAACAGACUGAUUCUGUAUUGACUAAUAAGAUCGGAACCGUGCUUGGUUUUAAUGUUGGCAGGAGUGCUGGUGGCAGAUCAACUGUCAGGGAAAUCAAUCGUGAUGCCUGUCAUUUCCCGGGCUUCCCAGUUCUUCAGUCAUUUCUUCCUAAGCACACAAAUGUGCCUGCAUUGUAUUUCCUUCUCAUGGCGCUUUUCCUACAGCAGCCAGUCGCUGAACUGCCUGAAAAUCUGCAACUCAGCACACCUGUCCCCGUUAGUCGGGGCAACCAAGGUGGCCAGUUUGACUUAGAUUCAAUUUGGACAUUCAUAUUUGGUGUUCCUGCAUCAAGUGGCACCGUGGUUGCUUCAAUUCACUGUGUUUGCACAGAAGCUGCCUUUUUACUGCUGGGAAUGCUUAGGAGCAUGCUAAAUUCACCUUGGCAGUCAGAGGAAGAAGGUUCUUGGCUCCGCGAAUAUCCCGUCACUUUGAUGCAGUUUUUUCGAUACCUGUACCAUAAUGUCCCAGAUUUAGCUUCAAUGUGGAUGAGCCCAGAUUUUCUUUGUGCGCUGGCAGCUACCGUGUUCCCUUUCAACAUUCGGCCAUAUUCAGAAAUGGUUACUGAUUUAGAUGAUGAUGCCGGAUCUCCAGCUGAAGAGUUCAAAGCAUUUGCCUCUGAUACAGGGAUGAAUCGGAGCCAAUCAGAGUAUUGCAACGUUGGGUCUAAGACUUUUUUAACCAACCAUCCUGCCAAGAAAUUUGUGUUCGACUUUAUGCGUGUGCUGAUAAUAGAUAAUCUCUGCCUUACACCUGCAAGCAAGCAAACUCCUUUAAUAGACCUUCUUCUGGAGGCAUCUCCAGAAAGAUCAACAAGAGCCCAACAAAAAGAAUUUCAGACUUAUAUUUUGGAUAGUGUUAUGGACCACUUGCUUGCCGCUGAUGUGUUAUUGGGUGAGGAUGCAUCUUUGCCUAUCACCAGUGGAGGAAGCUACCAGGUGCUUGUAAACAAUGUAUUCUAUUUCACGCAGCGUGUGGUAGAUAAACUUUGGCAAGGGAUGUUCAACAAGGAAUCGAAGUUGCUUAUAGAUUUCACACUCCAAUUAAUUGCACAGUCAAAAAGAAGAUCUCAAGGAUUAUCCCUGGAUGCUAUUUAUCACUGCCUGAACAGGACCAUCUUGUACCAAUUCUCAAGACCACAUAAAACGGUUCCCCAGCAAGUUGCUCUUCUCGAUUCCCUAAGGAUGCUUACUGUGAACCGAAGCCUGAUCCUGGGUCCCGCAAAUCACGACCAAGAAUUCAUCAGCUGUCUGGCUCAUUGCUUGAUUAAUCUUUAUGCAGGAAGCUUUUCUAAAGCAAAUAUCCCUCCUUCACAUCUAACCUUAUUGGAUGAUGUUUACAGCAGCGUUGAGGGUUUUGGCCUGGAAGCAGAGGCCAGAAUGACCACAUGGCACAUCAUGAUACCUUCUGACGUGGAGCCCGAUGGAGUCUACAGUCAAGAUGUCGGGGAAGGUCGCCAGCUUCUCCUUAAAGCUGUGAAUCGCGUGUGGACAGAGUUGAUCUACACCAAGAAACAAGUUUUGGAGGAGGCUUUCAAAGUAUCCCUUCCGGUCAAUGACAGAGGCCAUGUGGAUAUGGCAGUUGCAAAGUCUCUUAUUGAAGAAGCCAGUUUAAAAUGUUGGCAGAAUCACUUAGCUCAUGAAAAGAAAUGCAUCAGUAGAGGAGAAGCAUUGAUUCCAGCAACUCAAUCAAAGUUAUCUCGAGUCAGCAGUGGUUUUGGCCUCUCCAAACUAACCGGAUCAAGAAGAAACAGAAAAGAAAGUGGACUUAGUAAACAUAAUCUAUCAACACAGGAGAUUUCUCAGUGGAUGUUUACUCACAUUGCUGUGGUCAAAGACUUGGUAGACAUGCAAUAUAAAGAAUAUCAAGAGCGUCAGCAAAAUGCCUUGAAGUACGUGACAGAGGAGUGGUCUUUAAUUGAAUAUGAGUUGUUACGGGAGAGGGGCCUUUGGGGACCUCCCAUCGGUUCUCACCUGGACAAAUGGAUGCUGGAAAUGACAGAAGGGCCGUGCCGGAUGAGGAAGAAGAUGGUACGAAAUGACAUGUUUUACGUGCAGUAUCCUUACAUGCCGGAUACUGAACAUGAGACUAAUUUGCUGUUUGACUUCUCAAGUAAGGCUCCGGAGACAUCUGACGAUGCCAUUCCCCAAAAGAAACCUGCACGAUAUCGAAGAGCUAUAAGCUAUGACAGCAAAGAAUAUUACAUGCGCUUGGCUUCUGGAAACCCAGCUGUCUUUCAAGAUGCCAUUGAAGAGAGUUCUGAAGGGGAAGCUGCACAACAAGAGCCCGAGCACGGCGAAGAUACGAUCGCAAAAGUUAAAGUUCUCGUUAAACCACCAUUAAAGCGAUCUCGUUCGGCACCUGAUGGGGGUGAUGAGGAGAACCAGGAGCAACUCCAGGAUCAAAUAGCUGAGAACAGCUCAAUAGAUGAAGAGGAAAAAACUGAUAACACAACUUUGCUUCGACUGCUUGAAGAAGGAGAGAAGAUACAACACAUGUAUCGUUGUGCCCGGGUUCAAGGAUUGGACACCAGUGAGGGACUUCUUCUCUUUGGAAAAGAACACUUUUAUGUGAUUGAUGGAUUCACCAUGACUGCUACACGGGAAAUACGGGACAUUGAGACCCUGCCUCCAAAUAUGCACGAGCCUAUUAUACCCCGAGGCGCAAGACAAGGUCCAAGUCAACUCAAAAGAACAUGCAGUAUAUUUGCCUAUGAAGACAUCAAAGAAGUGCAUAAAAGAAGAUACUUGUUGCAGCCAAUUGCUGUUGAAGUAUUCUCAGGUGAUGGACGCAACUACCUCCUGGCUUUUCAAAAAGGAGUGAGAAAUAAAGUCUAUCAAAGGUUUUUGGCUGUAGUUCCAUCUUUAACUGACAGCUCAGAGUCCGUCUCUGGACAAAGACCUAAUACCAGCGUAGAACAAGGAUCUGGCUUGCUGAGCACUCUUGUAGGGGAGAAAUCUGUUACACAAAGAUGGGAGAGAGGUGAAAUCAGUAACUUCCAGUACCUGAUGCACUUAAACACUUUGGCGGGCCGAUCCUAUAAUGACCUUAUGCAGUAUCCUGUCUUUCCAUGGAUCCUUGCUGACUACGAUUCAGAGGAAUUGGAUCUUAACAACCCAAAGACAUUUAGAAACUUGGCCAAACCAAUGGGGGCCCAGACUGAUGAGAGAUUAGCUCAAUAUAAAAAGCGCUACAAAGACUGGGAAGAUCCGAACGGUGAAACCCCGGCCUAUCAUUAUGGCACCCACUAUUCAUCAGCAAUGAUAGUAGCUUCAUACCUUGUGCGAAUGGAACCUUUCACACAGAUAUUUUUAAGACUGCAGGGUGGCCACUUCGACUUGGCCGACAGAAUGUUUCACAGUGUGCGAGAAGCCUGGUACUCUGCGUCCAAGCACAAUAUGGCUGAUGUCAAGGAGCUUAUCCCAGAAUUCUUCUACCUCCCAGAGUUGUUGCUUAAUUCUAACAACUUCGAUCUAGGUUGCAAACAGAAUGGCACCAAACUUGGAGAUGUAAUCCUUCCUCCAUGGGCAAAAGGAGAUCCCCGUGAAUUCAUUAGAGUACAUCGGGAGGCCUUGGAGUGUGAUUUUGUGAGCGCGCACCUACAUGAAUGGAUUGACUUAAUCUUUGGCUAUAAACAGCAAGGGCCAGCUGCAGUAGAAGCUGUCAAUGUUUUCCACCAUCUCUUCUAUGAGGGGCAAGUGGACAUCUACAACAUCAAUGAUCCAUUGAAAGAAACAGCUACAAUUGGAUUCAUUAAUAAUUUUGGGCAGAUACCUAAACAGUUAUUUAAGAAACCUCACCCACCAAAACGAGUGAGAAGCAGAAUUAAUGGAGAAAUAAGUGGAAUUUCUGUUCCCCCUGGCAUCACAAACAACAAGAUUUUUUUCCACCAUUUAGACAACCUCAAGCCUUCUCUUGCACCAGUAAAAGAACUCAAGGAGCUGGUCGGGCAGAUAGUAUGCACAGACAAAGGAAUUUUGGCUGUGGAAAUGAACAAAGUUCUCCUUCCGCCCACCUGGAAUAAAACUUUUGCUUGGGGUUAUGCGGAUCUCAGCUGUAGGUUAGGAGCCUAUGAAUCAGAUAAGGCAGUGAUUGUUUAUGAAUGCUUAUCGGAAUGGGGACAAGUUCUUUGUGCCAUCUGUCCAAACCCUAAACUGGUCAUUACUGGGGGCACCAGCACUGUUGUCUGCGUAUGGGAGAUGGGGACCUCCAAGGAAAAAGCCAAAAUGCUGACCCUCAAGCAGGCGCUGCUCGGCCAUACUGAGACAGUCACAUGUUUAACAGCUUCACUGGCCUAUCACAUCAUUGUGAGUGGGUCAUGUGACCGGACCUGCAUCAUCUGGGAUUUGAAUAAACUUUCCUUUGUAACGCAGCUUCGGGGUCACAGGGCUCCGGUGUCAGCCCUCUGCAUCAAUGAACUGACGGGUGAUAUUGUGUCAUGUGCAGGGACAUACAUUCACGUCUGGAGCAUUAACGGAAACCCCAUUGUGAGUGUGAACACCUUCACUGGACGCAGCCAGCAGAUUCUCUGUUGUUGCAUGUCAGAAAUGAAUGAGUGGGAUACUCAGAACGUUAUUGUGACUGGACAUUCAGAUGGAGUCGUCCGAUUUUGGCGGAUGGAGUUUCUACAGGUCCCGGAAACUCCCGCUCCUGAACCCGUGGAAAUGCUUGAAAUUCAGGAAGACUGUCCAGAACCACAAAUAGAAGGUCAAGAAGGUCCUGACGAAGAUAGCAGUGAUUCUGAAGCAGAGGACCAAGCCCCUGCCCAGGACACCAAGCUGCCCGAGAGCCAGCCCCAGCAGGCCCCUGCCGGUCACAGACCUCGGUCAUCCUCAGCUCGAGCAACCGCUGCAUGGUCAGUAGAAACCAGCUCUGAAGACACAAGGCGUUGGUCUGACCACCUGAGCUUGGAUGAGAAAGACGGCUUCAUUUUUGUGAACUAUUCCGAUGGACAAAGCAAGGGACACUCGCAUGCGCCAACAAACCAUUCAAAUGCCAACCAAGGGGAAUUGCGGCAUUACAGCAAGCUCAAACCAGGCUACAGAUGGGAGAGGCAGCUUGUGUUCAGGAGCAAAUUAACUAUGCACACGGCCUUUGAUCGCAAGGACAAUGCACACCCUGCAGAAAUUACAGCGCUGGCCAUUUCCAAGGAUCACAGCAGGAUUCUGGUAGGGGACAGCCGAGGCCGAGUGUUCAGCUGGUCUGUGAGUGACCAACCGGGCCGCUCUGCAGCUGACCACUGGGUGAAAGACGAGGGAGGAGACAGCUGCUCCAGCUGCUCGGUCCGGUUCUCUCUUACCGAAAGACGUCACCAUUGUAGGAACUGUGGACAACUCUUCUGCCAGAAGUGCAGCCGUUUUCAGUCCGAAAUCAAGCGGUUGAAAAUCUCCUCCCCGGUUCGGGUUUGCCAGAACUGUUAUUACAAUUUGCAGCACGAGCGAGGCCCGGAGGAGGCAUCCUGGAAUUAACACUGUCCAGAGGAACAACAGCAACCCAGACUACAUACUUCAGGGCCUGCAGGAACCCAGCCGACCGGAUGAAUUCCAGGAAUGAGCAGCCCAUUCGAACAGGUUGCAGCCUUUGCCAUUCCUUCCUACGCGAGGACUGCAAGCAAGAGGGACCAUUAAUUAUUUUUUGGGUACCUUUGCAGAGAUGGAGGCCAGAAUACGUCAACUAAGUUCUGGCGGGGAGGGCGUAAUAACCGCCACAGCUGCGUCAAGGACCUUCCAGGCCCCUUCUGUCUUCUCUGCUAAGAAGAGACCUCAUUAACCAUCUCUUGUUCCAUCUUGAUUUUGUAGUUAGUCCCCCCUUUAUUUGGGUCGCCAGAAGCAGAAGG